AUGUCGUCCUUUGUCGGUCUAACGGGUAACAUUCAUAGUGAUCACAGCCCUGCCAUUGCGCAUGCGCUGACCAAUUUUAGUCGGUCAGAAUUUAUUCGACCAAUAUCUUCAUCAUCAUAUAAUACAAAUUGGAGUAUAUCACAUAUACCUGGUCCACCAUCAUUUCUAACAUCAUCGAUUUCCACAUCAUUAUUAUCAUCAUCGUCAUCCGUAUCAAUAACAUCAUCAUUAUUAACAACAUCAACUAAUACAACAAAUGAUAAAUAUUAUCCAUUUUGGUUAUUAGUUGUUAUUGCAGUAUUUGGUGGUGUAACAUCUGUAUUAACUGUUUUGGGAAAUAUACUUGUUAUACUUGCAUUUUUUCUUGAUCGACAAAUUCGACAACCAACUAAUUAUUUUAUACUUUCAUUAUCUGUUAGUGAUUUUCUUAUUGGACUUCUAUCAAUGCCACUACUUACUAUAUAUAUCUAUGCUAAAGAAUGGCCAUUGAACGCAAUUAUCUGUGACAUAUGGCUAUCAUUAGAUUAUACUGUUUGUCUUACAUCAAUUUAUACGGUGCUGUUCAUUACAAUCGAUCGGUUUUGUUCGGUUAAAAUGCCAGCAAAAUAUCGAAAAUGGCGCACAGGAAAAAAAAUUAAUAUUAUGAUUCUUAUUACAUGGGCAGUUCCUUGUCUUAUCUUUUUUACAUCCACUAUGCUUUAUCCACGUGUAAAAGGCGUUUCUAAUAUGCAAAGUGGUGUUUGUGAUGUUCAAUGGAAUAAAAAUCAUGUUUUUAAUUUAAGUUUAACUAUUGGAUAUUUUUGGGUAACAUUAUUUGUCAUGAUAAUUCUGUAUAUUUUUAUAUAUGGUGUUGCAAGAAAUUUAGAACGGAAAUCAAGACAAAAUGCACGGAAAAUGUCAUCACUUGUCGGUACGGCUGGUAAUGCAAUGACACAUAUUGGUAUUGGAGUAACGAAAUCUCCUUCGAAAACUCCAGUUGAUAAACAAAAGAAGGCAGCUUGUAAAGUAGCUGAUUCAACAAUGUGUGAUGAUGAUGAAGAUGAAGAUCCUCAAAAUUUACUUGCACAGAGUGCAAUAAAUACUCAAAAUAGUAGUAAUUCAUCUGAACAACGACGUAUUGGUGGUGGUGAUGAUGAUAAUUCAAAUUCAUUUGAAUCACAUUCUGAUUUUGAUUUAAAUAAACCAGCAGACGAACAAACACCUAAUGGUGGGAAUACACAAGAUAAAACAUCUCGACAAAAUAAUCGUCGUGGUAUGAGUGUUAAUUGGGCAAAUAAUUCAGCAAAUACUACGAAUGUAUCAUCAACAGUAACACAUAUAAAUCCACGUCCUCGUUCAAACCGUGGACAAUUAGCUCAAAAACAUACUUCAAAUGUUAAAUUUUUUGCAACAACAAUGGCACAAUCACUCUAUAAAAAUCCAAUGCGUUUAAGUGGUUUAUCAUCAGGAUCAAAAUCCAAAGGAAGUUUAACACCAAAUAAAAGUGCACCAACUACGAGUUCAAAUCAACAACAAACACCGAAUAGAUUAGCAUCAAUACCGUCAGAACCUGAACUUGGAUCAUAUCGAGCAUAUCCUCCACCUCAACCACGACCAGAAUCUUUAGCAAUUAUGUCAGACGAAUUAUUUUAUGAAAGACUUAAAGCUCGUCAAUCACCAUCAUUAAUAGCUUCAUCUAAUAAUCAACCACCACCACCACCACCAUCAUCAUCAUCAUUAAUUGUUGAUAAUCAAAUAUCAACAGCUCUUCCUUCAACAGUAUCAUUACCUUUAGAUAGUCAUUCGAUUGAAGAUGUUACGUUUUCAUUAACUAAUCAAUGUGUAUCUAAUAAUUCUAAUCAAACAUUAAUGAAUCAUAUAUCAUCACAAGAAGAAGAAGAAGAAGAGCAACAACAACCACCACAAGAUAAAUUACUACAACAAAAUUCUAUAGAAAUUAAAGAUAAUUCAAAUAAAAUCUUAAUAAAACAACAACAACAGCAAAUAUCUGUACCUAAAAAUACAAUUCUUCAUAAUAAUGUUGAUUCAUCUGAUGAAAGUUGGCGUUUAAUGAAUAGCAAUAAUAAUCUGGAUGAACAUAUACCUUAUAUUGAUGAAACUGAUUUUGAAGAUUUAGGAUAUAUAUUACAUCGUCGUCGUGUACCACCAGUAGAUUCAAAUGAACCAAUACAUGAAGAAACUAUUGUUUAUAAAUCACCUUUUUAUAUUAAAUGUGAACGACGUUCAAAAUCAUCAAUUGUAUCACUUAGUAAUAGCAAUACAAUCAAUGAUAAUGGUAUUGAUAGAAAAAUUUAUGAAAUUUAUGGAAAUCAUCAAGAUGCACAUAAAGCGAUAUUAGAAUCACCAAUCUAUGAUAGUGUUGAAUUGAUAACAUAUGCAUGUAAAAAAUCGAAUACAUCACCAAUACGUCAUUGUAGUUUACGAAAUGUUCCACGUGAAGCUAUACUUAAAACAAUAUCAAAACCAACAUCAUAUCAAACAUGUGUAGAUACAUCAAAUGAUCAACAUACAACAUCAUCAAUUAUAUUUGUAUCAAAAGCUAAAACAACAAUAUCACCAUCAUCAUCAUCAACAUCAUCAUCAUCAUUAUCACGACAACAAUUACGAACAUCAUCAUCAAUACAAAAUGCUGAUGUUGAAAGAGCAUUAAUUGAUUUUUAUCAAUGUAGUCAAAUAAAUGAUAAUGAUGAUGUUUUAGGUAAUGAUAAUGAAAGUACUGAAAGUGAUGAUUUAGAAAUUUCAUUAUCAAAUUAUAAUGAAAUAUGUGAAGAAGCAUCAUCUUUACUUCGUCUUAAUGAACAACAUUCAUCAGCAUUUAUUGAUGAUGAAUCAAGUAUGGAUGAUUAUUCGAUAAAAACUAAACAAUCACGAUCAAGUCGACAUUCUCAAUCACAAAAUAAUCAUUUUAUGAAAAUGAUGAUGCUAAAUAAAGCUCGACAAACAUUAACAAUUGAUACAACAAGUGAUGAACGAACAACAACAAAUAGUUUUAGUUUAAAUACUUAUAGUCAAGAUUUUUCUAUUGAUAAAAUCUAUCAAUAUGAUUCAUCAACAUCAUCCUAUAGACCACAUAUAUCACAAAAUAGUUGGUGUAGUUCAUCAUCAACAACAACAUCAUCAUCAUUUCAAAAUCCACAAAUGCCAUUGUUUUUAUUACGUUCAUCAUCACCUCAAAAUUUUCUUUCAGCUACAGAAAAAACACGAAAUGCAUCAUCUGAUUCUGAUGCUAUUACAACAACAACAUCAUUAACUAAUAGUACACAAUAUGACGGACGUGAUAGUGAUAUGCAUAAAGAUAAAUCUCGUGAUUCUAUAAGUGAAGAUGUAUUACGUGCAUUUAAUAAAACAAAUGCAACGACAAUAACCGAUGAAAUUGAAAUUGAACCACUUGAAAAAAAUGAUAUUUGUACAUUAAGAAAUAAAUUAAUUGAUAGAGAUAUUAAAUGUUAUUCAUUAUCAGAUACAAUAACACGUGAUCAAGAUACAUCUGGUUAUGGUUCACAUGAUGAUCCAUCAUCAUCAAAUAAUCGUGCAUCAUCAAAAGUAACAUUUGAAAGUACCAUAACACAAAAUUCGGCUUCAUCAUCACCGAAAACAAAAGAUCAAUCUGUUAUGGCACAAAUUGAUCUCAAAGGACGUUUAAAUUAUACAACUAAUGGUCUUCAAGAACAAAUACACGAAACGAAUGAUAAUAAAACUGAACAGAUUAUACCUAUUACAACUGAAAGUUCACUACAAAGUGGAACAUUAUCUGCUAAAUCAAGUGUGAAAGAAUUUGUACGAGUUCAAAAACCACCCAAUCAUAGAAAAUCCAAAUCACAAAAUCGAGCUAGAAAAGCUUUAAGAACUAUAACUUUUAUUCUUGGCGCUUUUGUCGUCUGUUGGACUCCAUGGCACAUCUAUUCUGCAAUUCAUUCAUUAUGCGAAUCAUGUAAACAAAAUUGGGUAUUUUCUAAUCCAAUGUUUCAUUGUUUUUAUUUUCUUUGCUAUCUUAAUUCUCCAAUUAAUCCAUUUUGCUAUGCAUUAGCUAAUCAACAAUUCAAAAAGACAUUUACAAGAAUUUUAAAAUUGGAUUUACGUCGUUUAUAA